GCCUAUUCCCAGAGUGCUGCGCGCACGGCGGCGAGAGAAAAGAUGGCGGUGGCGGUGCGAAGUUUACAGGAUCAACUGGAGAAAGCGAAGGAAAGUUUGAAGAAUGUGGACGAGAACAUUCGGAAACUGACUGGCCGGGAUCCGAACGACCUCAGGCCCGGCCAAGCUAGGCGGUUAUCCAUCACAGGUCCUGGUGGAGGUAGGGGACGUGGGCUUGGAUUACUUAGACGUGGACUCUCUGACAGCGGAGGAGGUCCCCCAGCUAAACAGAGAGAUUUAGAUGGGGCACUCAGCAGGCUGGGAGAUCGUCGAUCUAGGAGAGAGUCACGUCAAGACAGCGACGCAGAGGAUGAUGAAGAUACAAAAAAGCCAGCGUUGCAGUCUUCUGUUGUUGCUACCUCCAAAGAAAGAACACGCCGAGACCUUAUUCAGGAUCAAACGAUGGACGAAAAAGGCAAAGAAAGGAAUCGGCGGAUGUUUGGCCUGUUGAUGGGUACUCUGCAAAAAUUCAAACAGGAAUCUAAUGUUGCAACUGAGAGGCAAAAAAGGCGUCAGGAAAUAGAGCAGAAACUUGAAGUGCAAGCUGAAGAAGAACGUAAACAAGUAGAAAAUGAGAGGAGAGAAUUAUUUGAGGAACGUCGUGCUAAACAAACUGAGCUAAGACUUCUAGAACAAAAAGUGGAACUGGCCCAGUUGCAAGAUGUAUGGAAUGAACAUAAUUUAAAAAUAAUCAAAUACAUCAGAACCAAGACAAAGCCUCAUUUAUUUUAUAUACCUGGCAAACAUUGUGCAGCUACUCAAAAGCUUUUGGAUGAAUCACAAAGGAAGAUGAAUGGUAUUUUUGAACACAGGCGCCUGGAGUUUGCAGAUCAAAUUAACAGAAUGGAAGUUAGACCUAGACGUCAGUCACUGAAGGAAAAAGAACAGCGAGAGGUGCAGAAGGAAGAGCAACAAAACGAGGAACAGGAGGGUAAGGUGGCUCACCAUGAGGAGGUGGAGGAUUUGGGUAACCAGAAUAAUGAUGUAGAAAUGGAGGCAGCAGAAGAGGAAGUGGAAGUAGUUGCAGUUAAAAGUGUAGAGAAACAGCAGGAGAAGCAACAGGAAGUGGAGGCUGAGGAAGAAGAGGAGAUAGAGGAGGGGGAAAACAACAGCCAGUCAGAGAGUAUGCCUGUUGAUGAUAAGGAAGUAAGCCAAAAUGUGGAGAACGAUCAGGAUAUGGUGGAGGAAGUAGAUGAGUGUAGGGAGGAGAGAGUAGAAGAAGUUUGUAAGGAACCUGAGCCGGAGCCGGAGCCAGAGCCUGAGUUGGAGCCAGAAUCUGAACCCAAGCCAGUACCUGAGUUCAAGAACAAACUGGAAUCCGAGCCCAAGCCUGAGCCAGAGCUUGAAUGUUCGGUUGGGAAUGAACCAGAGCAAGCAAGUCCUGUAAGUACUCAGCCAGUGGAUUUACAAGUAGAGCCAGUUAGGGUGUCACCAAGGAAAAGCACAAGUAGGAGCAAGAGCAGUAGCAGGAGUAAAAGCAGAGGUCGUGAGAAGACCAAGAGUAAAAGUAGGAGUCGAAGCAGCAGUAGCACUAGCUCUAGUAGUAGUUCAAGUACCAGUAGCAGUGGCAGUAGCUCAAGCAGUGGUAGCAGCAGUAGAAGCAGUUCCAGCACGAGCAGUAGCAGUGGCAGUAGUAGCAGAGAUAGCAGCAGUAGCACUAGCAGCAGUAGUGAGAGUCGAAGUAGAAGCCGUAGUCGGGGUCACAGCAGGGACAGAAAGCGUAGGAGGAGUUCAGAUCGGAAACGUAGAGUUACUUCAAAUGCGGACAAGGAUCGUAAGUCAUCAAAACCCAGUAGCAAAGAUUUAAAAGGAUCCAGGGAAAAAGGGUCACGGAUAGAUAGGAAGAGAUCUAUAACAGAAAGUCAUUCAGGCAAAAGAUCUUCACGGACUGAAAGAGAUCAUAAAUUGGACAGGAAAGACAAAAAACACUAAUUCACAGAAGACUGAAAAAUGACUUUAGGAAGGCUAUAUACAAUGUACCUGAUAAAUGGAAGGAUGUUUUCUUUCAGCUGGAGGAUAAAGCCGCCUUAAGUCUUGCUUGCUGUAUAGUACUUUUAUUUGAAAACCAUGAGACUUAAAUUUGCCAUUAGUCCCUGUACUUUUACAAUGUUUUGUAUGCACAUGUUUCUCUAAUUAUAAUUAAAGUGUAUUUCUCAA